UUUAAAUUGCUUAUUUUAUUCUUAUUAUAAAAUCUUUUUUUUAUUCUAUUCUCAUUUUGUUUACUUAUUGGACAAUUAAUAUCAAAUAAUAAUGUUUCAUGAUCUGAAGAAAAGAUUCCUCCUUCAACUAAAACGUUUGAUACUAAAUUCUGGUUUGUAAUUAAUAUCAAAUCUAAGAAUGAAUUAUUUCUAGAAGGCUCGUGUGUGACUGAUGUUAAAGUGUUUCUAUUAAAAAAAUCGAUAAAACAUUCACCUAAUUUAGAUUUUGCAUAAGGUGUAAAAUUAAACCAGCUCAAAUCUUUAAACCCAAAGUUGAGGUCACCGAGGAUUAUACAAUUUUCGGUACAAAGAGUUUCGAUGUAUUUAAAAAGAGAUUUUGUACUAGCGUAGCUAGUGUUAGGUGGACGGUAAAGUAAUAUUAUAUUUAAUUUCUUAAAAUUGUUUAUUUGUAGACAAAUAAUUUCUGUGUUGAAUUUGGAUAUUUUUACUUUUUCAUAAAAUGUAAUAUUUCUACUUAAUAGUAUCGCGCAUCCCCCACCUAGUUUGGAUUUCCUAUUAAUAUAAACAAUAUUAUAAUAUUCUGAAAAUUUGAACUCAAAUAAAUUUAUGUCCUCAUCUUUUAACCAUGUUUCAGUAAUAAACAGCAUUUCUAAACCUAGUGUUCUUAAACUAAUUAAAAACUCAUCCAUUUUAUUUCUAAUUGAUCUUAUAUUUAUUAAACCACUUUUUAUUUUAUUUUUUGAAAAAUUUUUAUUUUUAGUCAACUGGUAGGUAUCAAAGUGGCCAUCC